AUGACAGCGGUGAUCGAUAUACCGAUGGCAAGGAGCGGCCGCGACUCGAUGAUAGCAAUGUCGUGUUUGUGGUUGCUCGCUGCAUCGACAGUUGUUUUCCGCAUCUAUGGGCGCAUCAAAGGACCCGGAUUGUCACUGGAUGACAUCUUUGCGGGUAUCGCGAUGGUUCUAACCACAAGCACGAUCGGUCUCAAUGCUGAAGUCUUUACCAGUGGCGUGGGCUAUGAUUUUGACCCAAACAACGCAGAAAUGUUUCCCAAGCUUAUGAACAAUCUUCCACACAUCAUGCAGUUGACCUUCGCCUACACUUUGAUAUACAUUUGGUGCUUGGCCGCUCUCAAGCUUUCUCAACUUGCUCUAUACCACCGUGUGUUUGUGCUCCAACUUCGCAUUGCGGUAUACAUCGUUGGCGGCAUCGUAGUAGCCUGGGCCAUCAUCUUCAACUUCGUCUUCUUGUUCCUAUGCGACCCCAUUUCCCAGCAAUGGACUGUAGAACGAGUCGGACACUGCUUGGACCAGAUGCUUUUGCUCAAGUUUCUGAUUCUAACAAACAUGAUAACGGAUCUCAUGAUCGUAGUUCUACCAAUCAGGGCUAUUUGGCAGUUACAGAUGCGAAAGACGGAGAAGUUCGCUGUAUUGGCUUGUUUCGGGCUCGGCCUGGCUUGCGUGUUCAUUGGCAUUGCUCGCUUUGUGCUCAUUUACACAAUCGAUCUCAUUGGCAACCUCACGGGAACUUCAGGCACUACAUUCAUGUUGUGCACUGUCGAGUUGAUGCUGGCUAGUCUGUGUAUCAAUAUUCCCAUGCUACGGCCCUUCUAUCUGCGGUGGCGCUCACAUUACAAGAGCUCCUCGAUGGAUAGUAGCGGUCUCAAAAGUGGACCCAAGAGAUCACCCACUGGAGGGUUGGGUGGGUCACAACAACAGCGUCCGGGCCACUAUACACAGUGGAUGGAGCUGCAUGACAAGGACACCGUAAAUGCCACCGUCACCGGCGAUGAUGCGAGUUCAGAGAGGAAGCUCACAGCAGAUCCUAUGCCGUUUGAUGCCAUUCAGGUGUCCAAAGACUUUACCAUCACGCGGGAUUGA